AUGGCGAUCCGCUGCUUUGUAGCGACACUUGCCAGCUUCUUUGUGGUGACCAGCGCUGAUGAACCAGAGUUCAGGGCUGCUGUUGCUCCUUGUGUCCAUGCAGACGAUUCUUGCAACCCAGCAUUGGAUCGCUGCUGCCAGGGCCCAGGGUUGAUGACUUGCCGUUUACGAUCGAACACCAAAGAUGCUGGUAUGUCUUACAGGUGCGGGGCAGAAUUUGCUCACGAGCUCAUUUCGCUUUCCAAGUGCAUUCCGGAAGGAGAGCUCUGCGAGCCUGAACACAGCAAGUGUUGUCAAGUGGAUUCCAAGAUGCCCAUGAAUUGCACAAUGCCCAAAAAAGACAAGAAAGGAGGCAAGCCUCAGCCCAAGUGCAUGGCAAUGCGAUCUGCGGUGCAGCUGGAGAGUUGCGUGGAAGAGGGUUCCAGCUGCAGCCCAUUGGAGAAUCGCUGCUGCCAGGGCCAAGAGAAGAUCGCCACUCAGGCACUCCGAACCUGCCAGUUGAAGUUCUCGGAGCGCCCCAAUGUCCACAGCCCCGCAUAUGUUUGUGCCAAGGAGUUCACAGGCUGGGUGCGCCUGAGAUUUGGCCAUGAGCCGGGGCUGCCGGGAAACAUUGGAAACGACGGGUUUUUCGGAGAGCAGACAGCAGAACCUCCUGUAGUGAUCAAAGAGGACUAUACCUUGGCAGCGGUCUUCAGCGCUCUGGGGCUGGUACUCUGUACUGGUUUGCCAUUCUUUGGGUUUGGGUUGGGAGCCUUAAUCCUGCUGCUGGGUAUCCUAUUUUUUGUUCAAGCGGGCCGAGUGCGCUUCGUUUUUGACAAUGAGGCCUUCGAACUUCGCACGAAGAAAGAUGGAGAAGAUCUGGAGAAGCCAGGUGAGAACAUUGUGGUGGGUGGAGAGAAUCGCUGGAAAUACUCCAGCUUCGUUGCUCGACCGCACGACAGUGGCCACACGUGA